AAUAUUAAACCUUACCAAGUAAGCAUCAACGUGUAACGUGGAAAGAUCCAGAGAUUUCACAGUUAGAUUAGGCGCGAAAACUCUCGAAGUUUUGAGUGGGACCUAUUCUUCCCUCUACUCAUUCCAACUCACCAUAUAUAAAAAGCUAACAUCCCAGCCUUUGGAUUUUCAAACAAAAAAAUCUUGAACGCAAGAAGCCAAUAAACAGAAAAAAGAGGAACUGAGAACCAUUUCUCUUCGGGUUAGUGGAGUGAUUUGCACCGAUAACUGAGUCAUUCGGAUUUGUGGAACCGUCUUGCUGAGGAGCUUUGGAUUUUUCUUCGUUUUCUUCACGCAUUAGAAACUACCGUACAAGAAGUAUCUAUAAUAGUAGAGCACUUCUUCAGCUCUGCUUUGUUAUAGUUGAUAAUUCAAAAUGAUGCCUGUAUACACACACAUGGACACAUUCCCACACCAAACCAACCAAACUGGAUGUAGGGCUUUCCCAACUUAUGCACAGGUGGAUCCAGCCAAGUCUCCAAUGGUAUACGAUUCUUGGCCCUGUAACGGUAAUUAUGGCUAUCCAGCACCUUGCCAUUCCUGUUACAGCCAUGGUAGCUUUCCUGGUUUUCAUGGUUUCAGACCUUGUUAUCCUCAGCCGCCAAUGCCACCUUCACCUGUUCAUCACUUCCAUGGAGGUUAUUCUAUUCCAUAUCCUGAAGCCCAUCACAUGUCUUACAUUCCUCCCUCACACUAUUCCACUGAUCUUCCCAGAUACGAGUACGACAGGAACUGGUCUGGGAAUUAUCACUGUUGUGGGUGUCAUAAUCAUCAUUGCCAACAGAAGGAAGAUAAGGGUUUGAGAAUUGAAGAUCAGGGGGAGCCUGAUGUUGUUGUGGCAAAGAAAGGGAAUAAUAAGUCUUUGAUCCCAGUUCAGACGGGAAAUUAUUCUUACCCGGUCGUAUGGAUUCCCCCUGAGUAUUUGCAAGAUAAUAAAAAGCCUCUUGAACCACCUAAAGUGGUAGAGCAUGAAACCGCUCCUUGCGAGACUAAGCCCAUUGAGAAAAAGAAAACUCAAGAACAGGAGCAAAAUCUCUUGAAUGGAUGGUUCCCACUUGAUGCAGACAAGCUAAGGCAUCUAAUUCAUGGCGGAGACGACAAGGGCACUCAGGAGCAAAAGAAACCAGCUGCUGUGAUGCCCUACAAUGGCAUGGGAGAAGAGAUUGGAAACAAGGAUAAGAAGGAUACAAAUGCUAACGAGGAUCAGAAGAGUGAGAACCAAAUCGAUAGAAUAAGACAAUUUCCUUUUCCUAUAGUUUGGAUGCCUUCUGAUGACAAAAGACGUGAGGAAGUGGACGGCUCUGGAAAGUGUGAUGGUAAUCAACCAAUUAAGUUCAAGGUUAUUCCAGUGAAGCAUCUUGGUGAUGACAACCACACAGACAAUUGUAAGACCAAUGGAGAGAAUUUUGAUCGCCAGAAUGUGACAGAGGUGAAGGAUAACAAUGCAACUAAGAAAAACACUCUUUUGAAGCAGGUUGAUCAACCACAUGCAGAUGUAGAUAAGCCUGAGGACAUUGACAAGAAGAGCUUAACAAGCAAGCCUUCUGGAACAAAUGGUAAAAGAGGGUCCUCUCCGCCAAGAUCGGCCAAACUACCUCCUGUUUGUCUUAGAGUUGAUCCUUUGCCAAGAAAGAAGAAAGAAAAUGCCAAUUCCAGGUCUCUUAGUCCGCCUGCUGUGAAAGAACGUUCUCAAAAGAAUUCAAAUGAAAUGAAGGUGUCCCGUGAAAGUACUCCAAGUGAGAGACAGAAGGCUGAGACAAAAGAAAUUACUGUGACUGAGAAUACAAGCAAUGCAGAACAUCAUAAUGAUGGCCCUCAAGUUCCUGUUCAUUCAUCAGCGAACACUAGUACUGAGGUUUCUGAGAUGGAGAAGCCUAUUACUGAGAAAGCUGAUGAAGAUAGUGAUGGACAUCAACCUAAGGAGGCUGCAAUAGCUAAGGAGGUAGAUACAACAACUGAGAGAGUGGAAGAGAGAAAUAGAUCCACAGAGAAUGUUGAAUCUGGUGAUGCUAGUAAGCUCGAGAAGAAAAUGUUAUCAGAUACAGAGGCUGCUGUGCGUAUUCAAUCUUUUUACCGCGGAUUCAUGGUAAGGAGAUCGGAGCCCUUGAAGAAAUUAAAGCAAAUAGGUGAGGUGCGUGAACAGUUGGCUGAUGUUCGAAAUCGUCUUCAAGCUUUGGAGUCAUCUUCUGAAGUCCGAAUGGACGAAAAGCAGAAGGUUUUAAUUGGAGAAACCAUCAUGAGACUGCUGCUAAAAUUGGAUACUAUUCAGGGUCUUCUCCCAAGUCUUAGAGACAUCAGAAAAUCUUUGGCAAAGGAGCUUACUACUCUCCAGGAAAAACUCGACUCUCUCAUGAUAGUGAAAGAUGAAAAACCGAAAGCAGAGGCGUGCCCUGUUGAGCUUGUGGAACAAGUUUCCAAGACGGAAAAUAAUGAAUGCAUGCCAAAGCAGGGAAAGCAAGAAGAAACAGAAAGAAAUUCAGAUGAUGUCCUCGGAAACAUUAAUGGUGCAGUAGAAUCUCACCAAGAUCAUUUUCUCCAGGUGGUGGAACCUGAAGGUUACAGCCAAGAAUCAUCAGUGGCAAGUGAUCUGAAGCCUAAGGAGACUGAUUCAAAAGCCAUCAUGGAACAGAAUGAUGUGGUGAGAGACGAGUCGCCUAUGGUUUGUGAAGAGGAACCAAUGAAGUCACAAGAAAUAGGUAAUGAUUCUAAGCUUAUGCAAGCUGAUGAAGAACCAACGACACAAGAAGUAGAUAAUGCUCCUGAACUUGUGGAAGAUCAUGAGAUCCCUCUUCAAGAUGAUGAGAAUGAUUCUAAUUCAGAAGUCAGUUCCUGCAAAGCUGUCGAUGGAUCAAAUUUAGGUGGUAAAGAAGAAAACCUUUUGGAUCAAUUGCCUCUGGAAGUAAUUGAAGAUGAACCUGUUGAGUUUGAAAACCAUGUAGAACAAACUGAAGUAAGAGAUCGUACAGCUAGCGGGGAUGAUAAAGCUGAGGAGUUAAUGGUGGCACCCACACAUAAGGAAUGGGAGACGGAAGAACUAGAAAAGUUGCCUGAUGAGGCAAUUGAUGGUGAUGAUCUUGUAUCUCCCGCUGAAACGGACAAUCAUAAUGAAUGCCAAGGUACAUGUGAAGUGAGCUCAUUUGAAGAUAAGAUACCAGAGGAAGUAGCUGAGGAGAAGCCUAUUGCUGAUACAGAUGAAUGUGUAAAAGUUGAAACUGAGGAGAACAAGGAGUCAGUGAUGAAGGAGACCACACUUUUAUCCAAACCAGAGGAAUUGCAAACAUUGAUCUCAAUAGGGGAAGAUGGAACUCAAAAUGUUUUGCAUGAGGAUGAAAGUUCAUUAAUACCAGCAAGGACUGAGAAAAAUGGAAAAGAUAAUGAGAUGUUGCAGUUAGUCCUCACAGAAGAGGGUAUUCAAGAGAACCAAGAGGAAGAGAUGGAAGUUCAAGCAGCGGACCAUAUAGGAUAUGCCACUGAUGAGAAGAUGAACGACAAGUCGUCUGAGUUGGAAAGUUCCAAUGACGAGAUAGCAGCUGGGUUGCCUGCAACACCAACCUUCAUUGAAAAAAUGGGGAGCAUAAACGAUAAACAACUUAUUGAAGAGAACGAGAAACUGAGGGAAAUGAUGGAGAAGCUGAUCGAACAAGGUAAAAACCAGCUGAAUGUCAUAUCCAACCUGAAUGGUAAAGUGAAGAACUUGGAGAAAAAACUGUCAAUGAGGAGGAAACUAAGGACUAAACAGAACCGAGCUUCAACUCGUAAAUCUUCAGGUGUCAAAUGCACAAAUGUGGGGUGUGUAGGAGAAAGGAACUUGGGGUGACCGUUUAUUCAGUUUGAAAUUUUCGACAAAGUGUAAUGCAACUUUGUUUCGACGCGGGCUUUAGAUCACUUUGUCUUAUGUGUGUGUGUGUGUGUGAGACUUUCCUGUUGUGUAAUAUUAAAGCAUAAUAAAAAGCUUUUCAUUUUUCAAGCUA